AUGAUAUUAGAUCCAGCCUCACCAAAUGAAGAAAGUCAUACGAAAGAAGAAAUUAUACAGUUUUGGGCAUCUUUAGAAGAGAUCCUUAAUCACCCAAAGACAAAGGACAAGACAAUCCUUAAUACUUAUCUCGUACAAUAUUUGAAGGAGGUGACCGAUUCAUAUAAAGUGUUCAUCAACACGGACGAGGAUUUGUUUAGGAUGGCUUUACUGCUAGCUGAAUCGUUUUUAUUUGAAGAUAUUGAAAAUAAGAACUUUUGUAUCAGUAAAUUCCUGUCAUUGCUUAACAUUGAUCUUCUGGAGAUCAAUAUGAAGUUUGUUAUAACGUACAUUCUUUUAUUUGAGGCUAAAAGGAAUAUUAACUCCCUAGAGACUAUGUUGCAGUUUCAAGGAUUCACAGUAUUUUACAAUACUUUGUACACCGAGUUUGCAUAUCUUAACAAAUAUGGUGAUAAUGAGGACCAGAACUCCAAUGACAAUAAACCCCUCACUGACUUAGACUACGCAAUUGUGGACGAAAUGAAACAAAUUUGUACCGUUUUGCUGGAUAUAUUGUAUCAAAUGUUCAAAUAUUGCAAAUGUACUAUUUCAAAUGUUCAAUUAGUUGACGAUUUCUUUGUACAUUUUUUGAUAAGGUCAAUCAGGUCUGAUACUUUUACAGACUUGUACAAUAAUUCUCAAUUUAAAGUUAUUUUGGCCCUGAAUGAACAGUAUAUGAUGUUUGGUAAAGAAUAUAACAUUCCAAAUAAAGUGCUCAAAUUUUUAGUCACUACAAAUAUUUCAAAGGGUUUCAUGGAGCUGCUACUUCUGAAAUUCAAUAGGUUGGAAGACUGUUCAUUGCAAAUUAUGAUGUGUAAAAUAUUGUACUUAAUAUUGACGACUACUGCUCAUAAUAUAGCCAAAGACUUCUUUUACCUCAAUGAUCUUUACGUCUUCGUUGAUGUUCUGAUAAGAGAACUACAAAAUAUAUCAGAAAACCAGGAGGCUUUAAGAAACACUUAUCUAAGAGUAUUGAUCCCUUUAUUACAAAAUACCGAAUUGUCUACGACGCACUAUAGAAAGAAUGAACUUUGUAAGGUACUAGAGUACCUAUGCAAUCUAGAUAAUAUAUGUGACAGUGAUAAAAUUUUGAGCGAACAUAAGACAACAGUAAGACUGGCCUCCAAAUGUCUAUCUUCGGUUAGUUGGUUACAACAUCCAGCCACGAAUGAUAGUGGUUCGAAUAGUAGCAAUGGCUCAAGUGAUAAUCUGAGUAGAGUUUCUACAAUAAGCGCUAAUGCAAUGGCAAUCAGUGAAGGUUCGACUAAAGUCUUCAAUGAAUAUGACAUCUCAACAGAGUCUCUUGAAAAGAGGAAGACGAAACCACCACCUCCUCCUCCGUCAAGAAAACUGAGUGCGCCAAGAGGACUAAGUUUGUCCAGUACUCUUGCUGGAGUUCACUCACGCAAUUUUAAUGACAAUUAA